AACUCUUAUCUGUUUUCGUCGGGGACGGGUUUUGGAUUUGCGUCUGUUCAACUUGCCACUGUAGCAUUCUACCGAAGUGAUAGUGUAAAAUGUCUCUGAUUAGUAUUAUAUCAUCUCCUAAUUUGAUCAAACCCUCGCUAAAUGAGGGAAUCUUAAUUGGCGAUAAGCAUUACUCCGAGGUAUAUCUCGCAAUUGAUAGUUCAAUAGUGCCCGAGGAAAGGCUUUCUUCGACACCCUCCAUGCUUGAUGGCCUCGACCUCGAGACCGAGACGGACCUUCGGAUCUUGGGUUGCGAAUUGAUUCAGUCCGCUGGGAUUCUUUUACGUCUACCACAGGUGGCCAUGGCGACAGCACAAGUGCUUUUCCACCGUUUCUACUAUUCGAAAUCGUUCAUCAAACAUAAUUUCGAGAUUGUUGCCAUGGCUUGCAUUAACCUGGCAUCAAAAAUUGAGGAGUGUCCCAGACGAGUGAGAGAUGUGAUCAAUGUUUUUCAUCAUCUGAAGCAAAGCAGGGAUAGAAGACGGUCACGCAUACCUUUGGCCCUCGACCAGGGCUACAUCAACACCAAAGGUCAAGUUAUCAAAGCAGAGCGCAGAGUUCUCAAGGAACUGGGAUUCUGUGUUCACGUCAAACACCCACACAAGAUCGUCGUGAUGUACCUUCAAGUGCUCGAAUGUGAGAAGAACCAGAUGCUGGUCCAGACUGCAUGGAACUACAUGAACGAUGCUCUGAGGACAAAUGUGUUUGUGAGAUUUGAAGCAGAGACCAUUGCCUGUGCCUGCAUCUACCUUGCUGCUCGAGCACUACAGAUUCCUCUCCCCACACAACCAGCCUGGUAUCUUCUGUUUGGAGCCACUGAAGAAGACCUCAACGAUAUCUGCAUCACCACCUUGAAGCUUUACUCUAGAAAGAAGCCAAACUAUGAAAAGCUGGAGAGGGAGGUGGAGAAGAAGCGCCUUUUUCUGGAGGAGGCCAAAAAUAAGUCGAAGGGACUGAACCCCAAUGGCACACCUGCUCUUAGUGGCACAGGGGGUUUCUCCCCGGCCUCCAAACCAUGUUCACCCAGGGAAGUAAAGGUUGAAGAUAACUCGCCAGUUUCAAAAGUACAGAAAGAAUAUGAAGAGAAGCAACCCGUUUCCAAAAUUCCUUCAAACGGUGUCAACAAGGACGUUAAGGAAGCCUUACAGAAUGGUCAAAAACACAGCAAGUCCCGUUCCAGCUCUCGUUCACGGUCUCCUCACCGACAAGUUACAAGCAGAGGCAGUCAUUCGGGAACCUACAGCUCUCACAGCAGCCCCUCACCUCGACAACACAAGGCGCAACGCUCACCGCUGUUGCCCCAUCUCAAAGCCGAGCAUCGGAGCAGCGAGACCAGCCGCCACAGCAUCAAAAGGCGGCGGUCGCGAAGCCGCUCACGCUCCGUGUCACAGGACCGUGGCCGUGACCGGGACUAUCAGAAGCGAAAGCACGAGCACCGUAGCAGCAGCAGUAGGGGCCAUCACAGAGACCGACAGGAGCGAUCUCGUUCAAGGGAGCGUGGUCAGAGGAGUAAGCACCACAGCAGAUCCCACUCCAGCCAUGGUCACAGCAGGCACCGUCGUUGAGACAGUGGGGCAGACCCGUGAAUACAGACUGUGCAUUUUGCAUAUUUUUUAGUUUUUUUUAUUCCUUCUUUUUUUUUUAAGGGAAUACAACUGGGUUGUUGAACCUACAACAAUCAGGGAUGGAACAUGUACAGAAUAUUCUGCACAUGUUCAUUGCUAGGUUUUGAAUGUUUCUGUAUAUUGAGUAUAUAUUUUUGAAUAAAAAAAAAAGAUUCUUUGUACAUUUGUGUUUGUUACAUAUAAAUAAAAAGAGCUGAUGUUAAUAAUUUUGAA